AUAAAAAUAAAAUAAAAAAUUAAAAAAAAAAGUACUAGUAGGUUGGUGAUUGGUGUUGUGUGUAAUGUACGAAGUGCAGAUUGGGAAUGCAAUAAUAAAUGAUGAGACAGAUACGAAAGGACUGGUGGAUUACUUUGCAAGCCAUGCUCUCAUUUCCGACCAAACUUCAUAUGAAAUCCGGAAAUACUGUGAUUUCUCACCCAAUGCCACCACUCAGUCCAAUGAAUGCGAUACUGCAACUACUGAAGCUGUCAAAGAUAUUGCCAAUAUUGAUAUCUAUAACAUCUAUGCUCCUUUAUGCACCUCUUUCAAUAUCACUCCAUUUCCCAAAAAGGCUUCUGUGUUGAAUUUUGAUCCAUGCAGUGAUCAUUAUGUGUAUGCUUAUUUGAAUCGUGCUGAUGUUCAAGAGGCCCUACAUGCCAAUGUAACCAAACUCAGUUAUGAUUGGGAACCAUGCAGUCUAGUCAUCAGACGUUGGGAAGAUAGUCCAUCAACAAUUAUUCCCCUUCUCCAAGAGUUAAUGGCAAAUGGACUACGAGUGUGGGUAUUUAGCGGUGACGUAGAUGGAAGGGUACCAGUGACUUCAACCAAGUAUUCUAUUAAUAAGAUGAAGCUUCAUCUUAAGACUCCAUGGCAUCCUUGGUAUCUCAAUGGAGAGGUUGGUGGGUACACUGAAGUAUACAAGGGGGACCUGACAUUUGCAACAGUAAGAGGAGCAGGGCACCUGGUUCCAAGCUACCAGCCUGCAAGGGCACUUUCACUUAUUAUGCACUUCCUGGCUGGGACUCCUCUCCCCAAUUCUACAACACUUCUUCAAUAACUAUUACACCUUUUUUUUUUUUCCCUGUUCUACUAUAAUCAACAUUGUUUUCUGCUUGUUCCAAGGCCUCUAUUUAUUUUUUUGUUUUUGUUUUUCAAUUAUAUUUUAGGUCUAAUUAUAGCGUUUGACUAAGGUUUAGCACCAUUUUUCAUUUCAUUUCCAAUGGUAAUUUAUCCUUAUAUGGGAAAAUAAUUAAUGUCUAUUGUAUGAAGCAAUUUAUAUUUUAUAAUAAUCAAUUUGUACAAUGUUUACCUGCCA